AACAGGUAUGGCUAACUAUGUAUAAAAGCUCUUUAAUACGUAACUCUUUUUCUCAAAAGUAUAUAAGUAUGUACUUCUAUUUUGGAAUUCCGGGCUUCUUCUUUUUCACUUUUUCUUUAGUUCUAUAAAGAACGUAACAUGGAAACAGCGGAUUUAGAUUUUGAUCUAUUUUUUGAUAUUACAACUUCAAAACAUCAGCAACAGCCGCCACGCAGCCUUGCACAUCAAGAAACACUUCAAGAGCCUACUUUUUACAAUACAAUACAUCCCUUAGCCGCUUUUGACCAUAAACUUUACGCGACUGCAAAAGCAGCAGAGGGACCUGAAUCUUUUUCAACUCUAAUACAGCAACAGCAGCAACAAAGCAAUCAGCUACUACAGCCAUUACACGCCAAAUUAUUUGAUUGGAAUGCUGAUAAUUUCAAGCAGCAGAGUCUCCCAUCUACUACUAUUUCUACAACUGUAUCACCAGAUCCUCUAAAUUCACCUCAAUCUAUGUUUGAAGGAUAUAGUUCUUCAAAUUUAUCACCGGAAUUGAGUAGUCCGCCUUCAUAUCCAGGAUAUGAUGUUGCUGAACGCUUGAAUAUCUACAACAAUAAAACUAUAAAUGGUUCAAUUCCAAUACAGCAGCCAGAGCCAGCAGUGAUAGCACCUAUUAGUCCUGUUCAUGAUAUACCUAGCAUCAUUAUACCGAGUACACCAACAACUGAAAUAAAUCCGUUUCAACUGAAUGAUGCUUUUUCUAAUGCAACUCUCUUUCCAACUUCGCCUCCAAAAGAAAACUUUGCCCUUAACUUUUUAUCAUCUACUUUUAAUGAUAAACAAAUUUCAACGAAAGGACAUGUGGAUAAGAAUAUAGAAGACACAGCCACAUACAAACAACAACAACAACAACAACAACAACAACUGCAAGAGAACUCAACAAAUGCAUCAUCUUAUAACCCUGGAAGACAGUUGAAGAAGGUUGCUCAUAACGCCAUAGAGAAAAGAUAUAGAAACAACAUCAACAGUCGAAUUCAAGAACUGAAAAACGUAGUACCAGCACUUUACAAAGCUCAUAUUCAAGGUAACGAAGAAUAUGAUUUAGAUGAUAGCAUCAACAAUAACUCCUACCGCAAAGAAGAAGAGCAAGAAGAAAAAGAAAUCAUUGAUGGUGUUGAAGUUGCUACCAAGUUAAACAAGGCAACUAUUUUACGUAAAGCCACAGAAUAUAUAGGCUUCUUGCAGCACACAAAUGCAGUAGUCGAUCAAGAAAACCUCCUUUUACAGCAGCUGAUUGCUCAAAUGCCAGGAGGGCAACAAGCCUUAUCGCAAUUUUUGCUGCAGAAAGAAGCCUACCAAAAGUACAAACAGGAACGGCUGAUGUGUGAACGUCAAGAGGCACAAGCACGUGAAAAAAUUGAGCGUCAACGUAUUUUGCGUGAACGUGCUACUCAAAGAGCAGCAUUAGCUCAAUUACUACUAGAACAAGGAAAGCGCCCUCACCGACGUACAAAGCAGCCUUCAAAAUAUAGUCAUCAUUCUAAACAUGCUGCUAAAUCCUCGGUGGGAAAUAGUACUAAGGCUUUCAUGGCUGCGUUUUUAUGCGUUACGUUUUUUACAGCCACACCUGCGGUGGAGCAGCAAAUCACUGCGAUGUAUCAUCAUCAUCAAAGUACUACUCCCAAUGCAAUAAAAUCCAUACCAAAUGUAGCCUAUUCCGAAAGAAUUUAUGAGUCAAUUUCUCUCAGGGAUGUAUUGUGCUACAUAAUAUCUACUGUCAUCAUUAUGUAUACAUUCGUUAUUCCGUUGCUUCGACAUCUACUUCGUCCUCUUCUGUUUCCUAAAAGAAUCGGUUUAAAGAGAAAAUGCGCAGAUCACUUUCAUUAUGCCAAUGAAGUAAAUGAAGCUUGGACUCGGCUUUAUGAUGGUCUUAUUUCAGUAAUUGAUCAACGAAAUCAUUGUAGUGAGAGAAUAUGGCCUUUCCGACAUACCCUAUUCAAACCACUAAAGCAAAUCUAUGAUGUUAUCUCAUCUGUUGCCGUGCUACUGAUUCCUAAACUAUUGUUGUCUACUGUAUACAUGAAUGCUAAACCAAUAGGCUGUCCUGAGGAACUCAGUCGAGUAGGUGCUUGGGUUCGACUCAAUGAAAUUGAGUGCUUAGGAGGUAGCUGCAAUACCACGACUCGUUUAAGUAUGCUAGCUUCUUGUAUGAAUAUGCUUGCUCAGUUGCACAAAAUGAAGCGCAGCGAUGAUUAUAUAACCUACUUUGAGCAUGAUAUCAUGUGCCGUGUCUUUGCUACCGUUGCUUUGAAGAUGCAGCUCUGUCUACCCAAAAUCAUAUCUACGUACAUCUCUGCUUAUUUCUGGAAGCAAGUUGAUGCUGUUUCUUUUAUUGUACGCCAACGUUCGUUAUCGGAUCGUAAGCAGUUGAAUAACUUUACAACCGGUUUCGAUACAAAAACCUCCUUGGUAGAUUGUAUAACAAGGCAUGAAUGGAUUGGUUCGAAAGGUCUUGAACAAGUAUUGGAAAUUUUCAAAGCUCGUCUUGGUUUUUCGCAAGCUAUUCCUGUUCGUAAAGACAACUGUCAGCAUUGUCCCUGCAAAAACGCUUUUUAUUCUUUUGCUUUACCUUAUGUAACUUCUCCCCUUGAUUUUGUCAUUUAUUGGCAGCAUUUAGACGCCUUGCGCCAUGAAUGGGUUGAAUACUUGAUGACUAAAGACGAUCCCAAUUUGAAGAGUGUUUUUGGCAAUAAAUGCAUAACUAAUGUGCGCUGCAAAUCGCCAACAUUAAAGUAUACUUCCUCUUCUAUGGUCGCUGUCACUAUGCUACGAUGGUUUAACAACGUCGGUCAGGUGCUAGAAUCAAUGAAGAGUAAGGACGAAAAAAAGAGCAAGACACUGGAGCUGAUUGAACAGUUGAACCCUGUUCCUGACACUCAUCCCUCGUCGGAAAUACUGAAGCAACAUCAGUCAACUAUUUAUUAUUUGGUCAAAGCUUGCUACUUCCUUCAAACAUCCUCAGUCGAUGAUGCUAUGGAAUACUUGGGCGAAGCGCUUAAUAAUUAUCAUACGUGGAAGCGAUGUUUUCAACAGCUCGCUGCCAUCAGUCAUGAUGAGCCAAAUUGUGAAGCCAGUGUAUUUACUUUUUCAACGCUUGCUGUUCAUACAGACACGUUAAGGCACCUUAUAACCAGUAUAACAAAUACUACCACUACCACUAUCAAACAACGUCACUUACGCCAUUAUAUAGGUUUACUGAAAGAACUGGUGGAGCAAGAUUUGCUAUUUAUCGAUACACUAAACUUGUCAUGCAUGUUGCCCACAAAAUACAACGAGCAAUUUCUAUUCCAAAUUGCUCUUGCUAAUGAUACCCUUAAGUCAUUCUAAAUAUUCCUUUUUUUAAUAUAUCCUUCCAUCACUAUACAUUUCAUCUUAUUUUGUGCUUUAAUACAAUCCAAACUCGUUUGAAAAACAGUAAAACAAUAUUCGCACUCUUCAACGUGCUAAAGUUAGUAAAUUUUGUUCCUAUGAUAGGUCGCAGAUAACUCGUUGCACUGUGAACACAUGAAAGAGAUAUACACUUGCACUGUAUGCUAUAAACAAAAGUCACACGGGAAAGACG